AGCCGAACCGUACCCCCCCCCCCAGACAAAUCCUUGGUGCCUUCCUACUCGCCAACCUCGAACCCUCCGUCUACACUCUCGGUGGUUCGUUUCGGGUGCUGCUUCUGCUGCUCGACCACCGCGUGCUGCUCGACCUCCGAGUACUACAAGAAAUCCUAAGUCCACAGCGAACAGAAGCAGAUUCAGCAGCUGAAACUACAGGGUUUAUUGAUUACUUCUAUCGGACUACAACAUAAACAAAGAAAGUGAAUCUAUUGAAGUUGUGCUUUGGGGGCGCCAAGCUCUUGAAUUUCCUGCUGAAGAUAUAAUUCAGCUCAGUCAUCAAACACCGGUUAUUGUUUUACUUCUUGGAGUGACUGCUAAGUCACGAGAUGGUCAGCUUAAGAUACAGGGAAGCACAACAUGUCAAUAUCAUAUUAAUCCCAUAAUUCCGGAGGCUAUAGCACUUCCGACCAAGUAACAUCUAUCCUCUCCAGAAAUUAAAAUAUAGGACCUUUAUAUUUCUCCUUUAUAACCACGAACAUGUACCUAAGUGGAGAAACUUUGUAUUAGGCUUGCAAUGUUCCUACAUCAAGUAACAUGGUGUGGUGUAGCCCCUCUGAACUUAGAUAUCAUAUCAACAUCGGUUAAUGAACUGGCAAAGGUUAUUAACCCACAUAAGAUCUAUGGCAAUAUAUACCAACUUGACAUUGUGCUCAAAGAACUUACACCAAACCAACCAUGGUGGUACUUAGGUGCACAUCAUGCCACAAAAAAGUAUUCCCAGAAGGAGAUACGUACAGGUGUCCUAAAUGUUCUAAUAAAAAGGCAGAACCCAUGUAUCGUAUUUCUGUUAUUGCAAUCGACCCAAAAAAUAUCAUAGAAGAUAACCCACCUUACAUUGAGUUAGUUUUCUUCAAAGAUAUGGCUCAAGAACUCAUAGGUGUUCCUGCACUUGAUCUUGCAGCAUUAUCAACAACAAGCUCUGAAAUGAUUCCUUCUCAAAUUACAAGUCUAUACAAUCAUAAAUAUACAGUGACAGUCAGUGUUCCAUUUUCAUCUCUGCAAAGAGACAAUAUAUCUUACCAAGUGAAAUCUAUCAUCAAUAUCGCUGGACCUGUUGUUGUUCUUUUGCCUAAAGAUCAUUCACAUCUAGCAAUACAAACAACCCAAGACAUUUCUGUCCCUCCAAAUUCACCAACCAAUAUACCUGCUACAAACGAUGUUUCACCACAGAAAGAAGAGGAGGGAUUAAUGUUCGACAGAACUAACUUGAGCACACCUUUACCUUCACCUCAUCUCUUACCUACUACACCACAGUCAAGAUCAGAUUCUGACAUGCCAGGCAAACGUGCUCUUACAUCUGAAAGUUACGAUGCAUCAGGAUCUCACAAACAUCACCGGUAUAGCCAUUCUGACACUGGAAGACCACCAGUUGUAAGAAGACUUCUUGAUAAUUGAAACUUGACCACAGGAAGACCCAUUAACAUCCUUUUGCCUUACGGACAUCAUUACCUACAUCAAGGGCUCUAUCAGAAACUACUCUGUACAUUUAGAUGACCAACGACCUAUUUUGUCUGUACAUAACAUAGAGUACUAUCGUUGAUGUUCAUGUUCAGUAUAAUCUAAUUUCAAGACAAUGAACCUAUUCCAGGCAGCAA